AUGGGUAAAGAAGCCCGUAUGGUGUUUUUAGAUUUUAGCAAAGCGUUUGAUAAAGUAUGGCAUAAAGGUUUAUUGUAUAAAUUAAAAUCUCUUGGAGUAAAAGACCCACUUUUAAGCUGGUUUUGUAGUUAUUUGUCUGAUAGAAAACAAAGAGUUGUCAUUGAGGGGCAAUGCUCGAGCUGGCUGAGUGUUGAAGCUGGUGUUCCACAAGGUUCAGUGCUCGGGCCAUUGCUUUUUCUAAUAUACAUAAAUGAUAUUUCCAGCAAUAUUGUAUCUGACUGUUUUCUCUACGCUGAUGACACAUCUUUACUUGAAAUUGUUGAUAAUUUAUCAUCUUUUGAUUCUAGACUAAACGAGGAUCUCAAUAGCAUUAACCAAUGGUGUAUGGAAUGGUUGAUGGAAUUGAAUCCUACUAA